AUCGCGUCGCGCCUUCCUUCCUCAACAGAGAAGGGGAGGCUCCCUGGAACAAGGUGGCCGGACUGCGAGCCUUGACCAAUCGGCAGGCAGCAAAGGGCUCGCCGUACGUGUCAUAUUUGCAUAGAGCGCCGUCGGCCUGCGUCCGUCCCGCCCCUUUCCUGAAAGGGGGCGGGGCAUAGCGCCUGGCUUAUGAAGGGGGCUCCAACUUUCUCGGGGCGCUGCUCGGCGCGUCUGGCUUCGAGGGCGAAGCAUCUUGCGGACCCCUCUGGCAUAGCUCGCAGACCCCUGGGGGUCCCCGGACCACCUGUUGGGAACCACUGUACUACAGUAUUUGCAUUUCUCAGUCACUUGGAGAGCGGAAUCCAGUGAUGACCCUCAUGUGUCACAGGUUGUGAAAGAACUGUGAAAAUGUUGGUCAUUGGACUUGGAGGUAUAACAAAUGGAGGGAAAACAACUCUGGCAAAAAGGCUUAAGAAACAGCUUCCAAACUGUACUAUACUUUCUCAAGAUGACUAUUUUAAGCCAGAAUCUGAAGUGGCUGUAGAUGACCGUGGAUUUUUGCAAUAUGAUGUACUUGAUGCCCUGCAUAUGGAAAAAAUGGUGGCAGACAUACGCUCUUGGAUGACAAACCUACAAGACUCUGCAUUGACAAGGCCACUGCAUGAUAAGCAAAAGGGAGAAAAAGACAACCAUAUCUUAAUUGUUGAGGGCUUCCUUCUGUAUAACUACAAGCCUCUCAGUGAUAUAUGGAAUAAAAAGUAUUUCCUAACAAUUCCUUAUGAAGAAUGCAAGAAGAGAAGAAGCACACGAAUUUAUAACCCACCAGACCCACCUGGAUACUUCGAUGGGCAUGUAUGGCCAAUGUAUCUGAAACAUAGGAGAGAGAUGGAAGAAAAUGAAACUGGCAUCGUUUAUUUGGAUGGAACUCAAUCACAGGAAGACCUUUAUUCAAGGCUAUACAAUGAUAUAGUACAAGAACUGGAAAAGUCAAAUUAUCGUGGUGCUAUUGUGCACGUAUAAAGCCUUGGCCUCGAUGAGAGCAAUAACAAACCUCAUACAUGAAUAUUUUAAUACGUUGUGGCUAAAACAAUGUUUUAAGAAGCUAACUGAAGCCCUUCCAAAGCAGCACCAAACCAAGAGUGUAUGUGACAUUCUCAUGGAUAUGCUUUCCAGCUAGUUUAUUUAGAGUUACUGUUCUCUUGCUAUGGUGUCAUCCAUUUGGAAUAAAAACCCUAAAACUUU